AUGAGAUGGAACUUGUCGAUCAGUGUGGUUAAGAGCUUUUGGGGAAUGCCUAAGAUGGAGUACCUUGGACAUAAGGUCUCGUACAAUGGAAUUGAGGCGAAUCCGAAAGAUCUGUCUGCAUUAACUGAUCUAGCCUUUCCAGGAUCACUCAGAGCUAUGCAAUCAUUUUUGGGAAGCCUGAACUAUUAUAGCCGAUUUAUCAAAGACUACGCGAUCUACGCGUCGGUUCUCUAUGAAUUACGAGAAAUCGACUUUGUUGCGAUGAUGAGGGAAGCUACCCAAGCGCGAAUCCAACAAGUACUGGAAGCAGAAGACGCAGAUCAAGGAUCGCAGGAAGAUCAGGGCGUCGACCACCGAAGGACCUUGGAUCCGGAGGCGCCCGAUCCUAUGGAGGUAGAUUCACGUUGGAUCCAUGCUCAUCGGCCCUUCAACGUGCUUAAAACCAGGGUUGCUACAACUCCGAUCUUACGACACUUUGACCCAGAUCGGAAGGCCACAGUGGUGGUGUACGCUAGCGAUUGGGCCAUUUCGGGAUCAUUGAUGCAUGAAUACGACCAGAUCUACUACCCCGUGACGUUUGCAAGCCGUACUCUAAAGUCGAAUGAGCUAAACUACGGUAUCGCGGAGAGGGAGGUAUUAGCCCUUCUGAGGAUCAUGGAUCUGAAUUACAAUGCAUCCACUGCUUUACAAGGAUGUCUGGGACAAUGGGCCGCUCUGUUGUCACCUUGGACACUUGAGAUUACUAAGUGUGUCAAAGGAGAGGACGAGACCUUGGGAUCACUGGCAGCCAGUAUCAACCCUAGAUCAGAAGUGGAUAAGGCGUUGGUCUCAAUCGCCCCCAAAAAGGAGCCAAGGCGUACGAUCCAAGGCCCGAUCCCCACUAUCGGACGAAAUGAGGAGCUAUAUGUCGUCAGUUUUGAUGGAUCAGCCCGUGUCAAAAGAGGUGGAGGCGCCUACAUACCACUAUGUCUGGAUCUGUUGGAAGAUCUGGAUCCACAGCGUCUGGUGAUCUGCGGAGACUCAAACCUAGUGGUCCGACAAGUACGAGGAGAGAUCGAUUGUAAGGCGCCAGGUCUGACACGGUUACGUCAGCGAGUCUUGGAUCGACUACGUACAUGGCCAGAUCAUGAACUAUUGCACGUCAAACGGGACUGGAAUGAGAGUGCUGACAGCCUAGCAAGUGCUGCUCUGCAACGGCAAUGCGGGAUCGAGAUAGAGUCUGACGCGAGAUCCAGGAUCUCAUCACUGAAAGUCGAAGAAGGGAUCGCACAGGUAUCAGCUGUGACGACUCGAUCUAAGGCUAGAUCGGGAGUGCGUGUUGGAUCUGAUCCAAACUCUCUACGAGAAGAGGUCGUGAGAGAGCUGCUGAUCGAGCAAAUCCGACAAGCACAGGACGAGGAGUCGUGGAUCAUGGGCUUGAAGAAGUAUAUGAUCGGGGAGAUCCAGGAUAUGACCCAGGAGGAGGCUAAGAUGUUUGGAUCUAUUGCUAUGAAUUAUGAAGAGGAUCAGUUGAAUCUACUCUUCUAUUGCCCGACAACUAAGGAAACCGCUGCAGAUCGAGAUAAGUUGAUGCGACUGGUGAUACCUGAAACGCUUCAACAGGACAUUUUGCACCACUAUCACACGAGUCUACAGGGUGGUCAUCAAGGGGUGGGUCGCACCUAUGAUCGGAUCCGUGAUCACUUCCACUGGAGAGGUCUGUAUAAGAGUGUACAGCGAUAUGUGGGGGAAUGUGUCGAUUGCGAAACAGGCAAGGGAAGGCCUCGGAUCCAAGGCGAGUCACCUGGUAACAUUCAGGCAACGUACCCAUUUCAGAUCAUUGCCAUAGAUCACAUACCUUCCUUGCCUAGAUCCUUCAACGCCAACACUGAAUUGCUGAUCUUCGUGGAUCUAUUCUCGGGAUAUGUGAUCGCCAAAGUCAGUGCCUCUAGAUCUGCCCAAACAAUCGCCGAGACUUAUGAAGAAUGUGUCUUCCGUCGAUUUGGCGCGAGCGAGGUGAUCCGACACGAUCGGGAGCCUGGCUUUAUGUCUGAUUUCUUUAAGUUGUUCAACAAAAUCCUGGAAAGGCGCCAACGGGCUACUAUGGCAUAUAGACCCCAAGCUAAUCGAUCUGCAGCACGUACGGUUCAGACAACUAUCAGGGCUCUUAAGAUGUAUGUGGAAGAUCUAGAUCAACGAGAUUGGGACGAGUAUGCUCAACGGCUCACCUUCGCGAUCAAUACUGCAAGAGAUCGGAUCCGAGGUGAAACGCCUUUCUACAUGAUACAUGGCUGGGAUCCUAGAUCUACCCUGGAAGCUGUGAUCCCGGGUGGGGAGCACUCGCAAGCACAAUCGAGAUACGAGAAGAUGGCGAUAUCGAAUGCAAAACAAGCCAGGGAACAGGUGAACCAACGCCUUCGAGAAGCGAUCGCGGAUCGGGCCGAUACGCAUAAUGAUCUAGCACGACCUCAUCCUGUAGAGUCUGGAUCAAGGGUCUGGCUAUACCUAGAUCGAAUCGGGGAAUACGCCGUGAAGUUGGAGGUAGCAGGAUCCACAUACAGCAUUUUCCCGGUGGUGCAUGUGUCGAAAAUCAAACUGGUUAAGGUAUUCCCAGAUCGACCAGUAGCUCGUCUCAACGGGUCAGAAGGGGAUCGGGUGGAUUUUGAUGAGGCCCUCCUGCUUGAAGACAGCUGGAUCCAAGAGCGGGAUCCAGACGAAUACAAAGUGGAGCGAAUUUCGGAUGACGGAGAACGAGGUAUGACCGAAUCUAUCGAGAAUUUCUGGUACAUUGGUGUGGAUAUGAAGAUCCGACCUGGGUAG